AGAAGGAGAAUCUCUCCUCUUCCACCUCCAGUUCUGGAAGGGGACAAAGCCACUCCCUUCCCCAGCCAAGGAAAGGACAAAAGGUUCUGCUCGCAGCGUCUGAGCAUUCCCUGCUGGAAGUCGCCCCCUCCAGCGGGGGGGACAGCGAGCGGGACCCUGGGGCUGGGCUGAGGCAGCCCCGGCAUCCCGCACCCCGUGCGGCUGCACCGGCCUCUCGCUGGCCACACGAUGGCACAAGAUGCCAGAAAUUCGUGUUUCAAAAAGCCAAAGUCCCAUCCCGGGCGGGCUCGGGGCCCCAGCGAUGCCGCUGCUGUCUCUCCAUCCCUCAGGAGAGGCCCAGGAAUUGCUGUUCAGAGCCCCCGUGGCUGUGAACGGGUUUUAGGAGCUGUGGGAUGUGGUGCCCGCCGUACCAAAGGGUGGCUCAGAGGGCGGGGAUGGUGUGAGGGAAUUGGAGAUGUCGGUCUGGGCGACCCUGGGGCUGCUCUGAAGGCAGGUGAGGCCAGCGCAGCGCAGGGAACCCGGAGAGAGGCUGGAGGUGUUGCUGUAUCCCGGGAUCCUCCGUCCCCAUGUGCACAUCCCAGGGCCCCGCAUGGGUCCCCUUUGCCGCUGGGGCCGCCUGUCCCUCACCCCGUGCAGCCCGUGUGUCCCUCCCGCACACCGAGCUGGCUGCAGCCGGCUCCACUCCCAUCCCUGUUUGCUGCCUUGUCCCACAGGGACCCCAAUUCCUCCCUUGGACCCCCUCCCUUUCCUCUUGGCUCUGCAGUUCAGCCCUUCCUCCAGCUUUUGGGGCUCCCCAGAGUCCUCAGCCCUGCAGCGAAACCAAACCCUCCCCAUUCACCUGCUGGCCGUAUGAAUUUCCCUCCAGUAUCUCCCAGAGCUUCCCAUUUCCCCCAGUGCACUGCAGAGCCCUCUGCUCUCUCCCAGCUCUCAGGAUUGUGCAGGUGCAGCUUUCAGUGCGUCCCCCUUGGUCCCCUCUGGUGGCACCAAGAGCCUCCCGUCCCUCACAAGACUCGAAUAAAACCGGGGGAAGCUGCUUCCAGCCCAGCUGAAAAGUGUUUCCAAUUUUAGCUUCCCUCCUCAUUUGGGGCUUGGAGCAACCCGGUCCAGUAGAAGGGAUCUCUUCCAUGGCUGGAGGGUAGAACAGGGUGGAUUUUAAGCACCCUCCCAACCCAAAGUGGUCUGGGAUUCCAUUAUUUUGAUAUAGAUGUAACAAAAUGAGGUGCCUGGGUCCUGAUCCCAGGAAUAUCCCUCCUCUAAACUGAAAUUCCCUUUGCAGAAAGCCUGUGGGAUGUAGAUGAUCCCAGCACACCUCAAGGGGUGGAGGAAAAAGCUGCUUUCAGGUGUUUUAGAGCCAGACCGACCGCCUGCUCCCCUCAGAACCAGGCUGGGGGCAAGUUCCAGCUCUGCUGCAGCUCUGGGAGAGGAUUGAGCUGUGGGAAAGGGAUAGGGAUGAUCUCCUGGCCUCGGGGCACGACAAUGACCUGGGCUGCCCCUGUAAUUUGCAUUCCUGUGGGACCCCUGGGCCGUGCGGACAGAGCGGGAGCCGCCGAUGGAUCCAGCGCGGUGCCGGCCGUGGGCAGCUCCUGUUCCCGGGGGAGCGGGGACAGAGCGGGAGCCGCCGCUGCUGCCACUCCCGGGAGGAGCCUGGCAGGGGAAUCGGCGCGGAGGGAGCGGAGCCAUCGGCAGAAAACGGGCUGGGAACACCCGCGGCACCGGGGAUCCAUCCCGGGCUGCAAACCCACGGUACCGCCCCACCUGCUGCUUUCAGCACAGCCGGAAUUUCUGUGAGCGGAUUUCUGAAAUCGGGGCUAUCCGGGGCUGCUUUCCCUGGGCAGAUGCUGCUGUGCCGCCCCGCGGAGCUGCUGGGCACCACCCGGGUGCUCCUCGCAGGGCUGCUGGUGUCGUUCCCUCCAGCUCGGGGAGCAGCGGGAGCCGUCCACAGAGCCACUGCUGUGGGAUCCUCGGUGCUGCUCCCUGGGCCAGACAACGUCACCCACAGCAAUUCCAUGUGCUGGGAAUUCCUCAAUGGCACCGGCCCCCAGCCCAUCCUGCAGCACCAGGGCGGGCCCCACGCCCCAGCCAUCCACGCCCCCUAUGUGGGACGAGCUGUUUUCCAUCCAUCCAAUGGAUCUCUGCUGCUGCAGGAUGCCCAGGAAAGCGACAGUGGCACCUACAGAGUGACUGCCAACACAGGAGACAGGAAGAGCCUGGAAGUGCAGCUGGAAGUGCUCCAGCCUGUGUCCCGCCCUCAGCUCCGGACCAGCAGUCUCCUGGCUCGGGCCACUGGCCAGGUCAUCUGUGAGGUGGCAGAGGGCAGAGUGGACACCAUCACCUGGAAGAAGGAUGGGCAGCCCCUUCUCCCAGACAGAGUUUCCCAGCUGUCCAGCAGCUGCAGUGUCCUGUACCUGAGGCCAGCCAAUAAGUCGGACUGCGGCUCCUAUUCCUGCAAUGCCAGCAACGGGAUCAGCUGGCAAGAAACCUCCCUGGAGGUCACCAUUGAAGGUCUCUCCAGUCACUUGAAGCACAUCCUGAGGAUGGCAGUGAUCGCUGUGGUCUUCGCUGCUGUCGCAGCGUGGGGAUUAAUUAUUCCAGUCUGCCAGUCUGAAAGGCUCAGAAUAAGGGGGGAGCUUUGGAGGUGGCUCAGCUCCUACACCUGCGGGCUGGUGUGCAUCGCCUGCAUCCUGGAUGGCACCGCUGGCAUCCUCUGGAUGUGGGAGGAAGGCCCUUCUUUGGCUGUCAUACUGCCCGAGAUCACCCUGAGCUACCUCAGCGUGGUGAACUUCCUGGGUGCCACCGCCGUGAUUUUCCAGCCUACACAUUUCAGCCGUCUGAAGAGCAAAAAGGCACAGCGCACCAUGGGCUACUCCGCACCAGGGGCUGUGGUGGCCGUGGUGCUGAGCAGCACCUUCCUCAUCAGGAGCAUCUACCACCGCCACGAAGAAGGAUGCACGGAGUUCGUGGACGUGACCAUCCUGGUGAGCAGCGCAGUGGCCGUGUCGGCGCUCCCGCUUCUCGCCAUUGUCCUCUGCUAUUUGUCUUUUGCACGUCACACGGUGCAGGGCUGUAGCAACGACUGUGAUGUCUCUUGGGUGGGCAAAACCAGGUCCUUCGAAAUGUCUCAGCCAGGCACCAAGGACACCAAUCCCAGCUGAGAUCCAUGUGGGUGUCUCUCACUUGGCCAAGCCAGCCCAAGACCUCCCGCGGGUUUAGUCGGUUCAGGAGUCUCAGUUUUGGUUCCUCUGUCAUCUUCAUAAUAAAUGUCCACGAAAGUAACCUGAUUCUGCCUUUUUUAAUAAUAAAUCAGAUCCAGAGGGGGGCAAAUGCACAUUUCCCCCUUUC